CUGUUAGAACGGCACGAAUGAACUAUCAGAGACUUUGCCCCUGUUAGAACGGCACUUGAGUCACUGAGGCAGUCUUCAACCACCUUUUUAAUAUUUUGCUACUAGCCGCCUUCUAUAAUACAGCUCCUCUGUCUUCUUUCAGAUUUAUAUAUUCCAAAACUUUAGUUUUAAUUAGAAUAUCAUAGUAUAACAUGGAGGUACCAAUUUUGAUUCUUGUUUUGGCUUCACUUGUUACAUUCUCAAUUUCAUCUUAUUCCUCAACAAUCUUUAGUUUAUCUGAAGGUUCACUUUCAGCUCCACAAGAUUCCAUUUCAUCUCCAAAUAGAAAAUUCACUGCUGGAUUUUACUCUGUUGGUGAUAAUGCUUACUUCUUUGCAAUAUGGUUCACUAAGCAAUUGGCUGAUGGAACCAACACUGUUGUUUGGAUGGCUAACCGUGAUCAACCGAUCAACGGACAAAAAUCACAUCUUUCACUGCUCAAAUCAGGCAACCUGGUACUUAUCGAUGCGAAUCAGAUCAAUGUUUGGGAAUCUGGAACACAAUCAUCAAGUUCUUCUGUCGAGUUAAUGUUGCUGGAUAAUGGCAACCUUGUUCUUGUGACUUAUGAAGGUCAAAGAUUAUGGCAAAGCUUUGAUUCACCUACGGAUACACUUCUUCCUGAACAACCACUAACAAAAACCUCAAAGCUUGUGUCACGUAGAAGCCCCACCAAUUCCUCUUCAGGGUUUUACCAGUUACAUUUUAAUGAAGAUAAUGUCCUACAUCUUGUCUUUGAUGGCAUAGAGAUGACAAGUGUUUUCUGGCCUAGUCCGUGGUUAAUCGUUUGGGAUGCAGGUCGGUCCACCUACAAUGACAGCAAAAAUGCAGUUCUUGACCGUUUUGGCAAUUUUGGGUCGAGUGAUCUAUUUGGAUUCCAUUCUGCUGAUCAUGGUGUGGAAUUGCAAAGAAGAUUUACCCUUGACGUAGAUGGCAACCUUCGAUUGUACAGCCUAGAUAAGCUGGGUAACACUUGGAAAGUUUCUUGGCAGUUAUUUUUAGCAGCUUGUAGGGUUCAUGGAGUUUGUGGAUUGAACAGUUUGUGUUCCUAUGAUCCUAUCUCUGGCAAAAAAUGCUCUUGUAUACCAGGAUACAAGAUGAGAAAUCCCAAAGAUUGGUCGUAUGGUUGUGAACCAGAUUUUGAGAUUUCAUGCAAUGAUACAAGUUCGUUGGAUUUCAUUCCUCUUCGCCAUGUUGAGUUUUACGGGUAUGAUAUUGCGUAUUAUCGCAAUAAAACCUUGCAAGAAUGCAAAAAUUUGUGCUUGAAAAGUUGCGACUGCAAAGGUUUUGAAUACAAGUAUGUUGUGGGUAAUGGUACCUAUGGUUGUUACCCGAAAACGCAUCUGUUCAAUGGCUAUGUUCAGCCUAGUUGGCCUGAUUUUGUUUACCUGAAAGUGCCUAAAUCAGGACACGCCUGGCAGGAAAAGAAUGAAGGAAACCUCCAAUGUGACGAUAAAAAAGUGAUGUUGGAUAGAGCUUAUAGAAGAAAAGGACAAUAUGGAUGGAUAAAGUCAUUCAUUUGGUCAGUCGUUGUAGCUGGAGUCUUUGAGAUUCUCUGUAUUCUCACUUACUUUAUUAAAACCAGACAACAUUCAUAUCAAACCAAUCAAGGAUACCUUCAACUUUCAACAAGAUUCAAGAAAUUCACCUAUGCUGAGCUUAAGAAGGCCUCUUCCAAUUUCAGCGAAGAAAUAGGCCGAGGGGGCGGUGGCAUUGUGUACAAAGGGAAAUUAUCUGAUGACAGAGUUGCAGCUAUAAAGUCUCUGAAUUGUUCCAACUACCAAGGAGAAGCUGAAUUUCUAGCAGAAGUGAGCACUAUAGGGAACCUUAAUCACAUGAAUUUGAUAGAGUUAUGGGGAUAUUGUGCUGAGGGAAAGCACAGGCUUUUAGUUUAUGAGUACAUGGAAUAUGGUUCUUUGUCAGAUAAUUUGCAUGCCAACAAUCUUGAUUGGGAAAAAAGGUUUGAAAUUGCUUUGGGAACAGCCAAAGGACUUGCAUACUUGCAUGAAGAGUGCUUAGAAUGGGUCUUGCAUUGUGAUGUAAAGCCUGAGAACAUACUUCUAGAUUCCAAUUACAAGCCAAAGGUUGCUGAUUUUGGGCUUUCAAAGAUAUUAAACAGAGGGGGCUUGGAUAAUUCAAGCUUUUCCACGAUAAGGGGGACGAGAGGAUAUAUGGCUCCCGAAUGGGUUUUUAAGAUGCCUAUUACAUCCAAAGUCGAUGUCUAUAGUUAUGGCAUUGUUUUAUUGGAAAUGAUCACGGGAAAGAGUCCAGAAGUUUGUGCUCAUAGUGGCUCCGGACAUGAUGAUUCUAUGGGACUAGGGAAGUUGGUCACUUGGAUUAGAGAGAAAAUGCGCGAAUCCAGUGAAGGGAAAUCAUGGAUUCAAGAAAUUGUGGAUCCAGCUUUGGAUGGUAAAUUUGACCCGGAGAAAAUGGAGAUUCUAUUGAAGUUAGCUUUGCAGUGUUCAGCGGAAGACCGAGAUGCAAGACCUACAAUGAGCGAGGUGGUGGAUAAAAUGGUUCAUCCAGAAAAUCUCGAGUUAAAAAUAGACAUGUUAAUCUAGUUUCUCAAAUUUUAAAUCUUGCCAAAGUUGUUCUUAGAGCUUUAUGUGUAAAGUGGCUUGAAAUGCAAGUACUUUUAAAUUUUUGAAUGUAAUUAACUCCUUAGGUAAUGACAUAGUUUAUUAACAAUCUUGUGCAGUA